CGCACAUAAUUGUGUAACGCACCUACAGAACGCCUCCUCACAUGUAGCUCCGAAGAUGUUACAACACGGAGCUGGAAGUUACAGCUCUUAAAGGAGAGGACAGGGGGCACAGGGGCUCGGUGUUAGGUGGCGGGGAGACGAGCUGCCAGUCAGCCCCGCGAGGCAUGGAGAAACUCGGCAAGACCAACCCGGCAGCAACCGCCAACAUUUUCUCAAAGAUAUUUUUCUGGUGGCUGAACCCUCUGUUCCGUAUCGGAUCCAAGCGCAGGCUAGAUGAAGAUGACAUGUUCGAAGUGCUUCCAGAGGACCGGUCGGAUCACCUGGGAGAGGAGCUACAGAGAUUUUGGGAUCAGGAAGUCGUAAACGCCUCAAAAGAAAUGCAGACGCCCAGCCUGGCUAAAGCUAUGAUCCGGUGUUACUGGAAGUCCUAUUCAGUGCUGGGAUUCUUUACUCUAUUGGAGGAGAUCAUUAAAGUGGUUCAGCCGGUGGUUUUGGGUAAAAUAAUUGAAUACUUUGAGAGUUACGAUCCAGAUAACGCCAAGGCGUUCCAUGAGACGCUUGGCUACGCGGCCGGCCUCUCCAUCCUCACCUUCGGCCUGGCGUUGCUUCAUCACCUCUACUUCUAUCACGUUCAGAGGGCGGGCAUGAAGAUCAGAGUGGCCAUGUGUCACAUGAUCUACCAGAAGGCUCUGUCUCUGAGCAAUUCAGCCAUGGGAAAAACCACCACGGGUCAGAUCGUCAACCUGCUCUCCAAUGACGUCAACAAGUUUGAUGAGGUGACUAUCUUCCUACACUUUCUGUGGGUGGCGCCUCUGCAGGCCGCUGUCGUGGUCGGGCUGCUUUGGAUGGAGAUCGGGCCUUCCUGUUUGGCUGGAAUGGUGGUGCUCAUGUUUCUGAUGCCCACCCAAACCUUGUUUGGGAGACUUUUCUCAAAGUUCAGGAGCAAAACCGCCGCUCUGACGGACAACAGAAUCCGAACAAUGAAUGAAGUGGUGUCUGGAAUAAGAAUCAUAAAGAUGUACGCCUGGGAGAAACCCUUCGCUGCUCUGGUCUCCGACGUCCGAAAUAAGGAGAUCUCUAAGAUCAUGAAGAGCUCCUACCUGCGCGGGCUCAACAUGGCCUCCUUCUUCUGCGCCAGCAAGAUCAUCCUCUUCGUCACGUUCACCCUCUACGUCCUGCUGGGAAACACCAUCUCAGCCAGCCGCGUGUUUGUCACCGUGUCGCUGUACACCGCCGUGCGCCUCACCGUCACGCUCUUCUUCCCCAGCGCCAUCGAGAAGCUGUUCGAGAGCCGCGUCAGCAUCCGAAGGAUUCAGGAGUUCCUGCUGCUGGAUGAGAUCACCAAAGGCGGGUCGGCUCUGCCGCCAGAGGACAAGAAGGAAAAUUCAGUGGAGCUCCAGAAUCUCACCUGCUACUGGGAUAAGAAUUUGGACGCUCCGACUCUUCAGAACGUCUCCUUCACUCUGAAGUCAAACCAGCUGCUGGCCGUAAUCGGACCCGUCGGCGCCGGAAAGUCGUCCCUGCUGAGCGCUAUCCUGGGGGAGCUUCCUGCUGAGAAAGGGGUGCUGAAGGUCAAAGGUCAGAUGACGUACGCCGCCCAGCAGCCGUGGGUCUUUCCUGGAACCAUUCGCAGCAAUAUCCUUUUCGGGAAAGACUUUGACCAGCAGAAGUACGACAUGGUGAUAAAAGCCUGCGCCUUAAAAAGGGACCUGGAGCUUCUUCCAGGCGGCGACCAGACGGUGAUCGGAGACCGAGGAGCCACGCUCAGCGGAGGACAGAAAGCUCGCGUCAACCUGGCCAGAGCCGUGUAUCAGGAAGCAGACGUGUACCUGCUGGACGAUCCGUUAAGCGCCGUGGACGCCGAGGUUGGGAGGCAUUUGUUUGAAAAGUGCAUCUGCGGCGUGCUGAAGAAGAAGCCGCGCGUCCUCGUCACCCACCAGCUGCAGUACCUGACGGAGGCCGACCAGAUCCUCAUCCUCAAAGAGGGUCACAUGGUGGCGAAGGGAACGUACACGGAGCUGCUGCAGUCUGGGCUGGACUUCGCCUCGUUGCUGAAGAAGGAAGAGGAGGAAGAGGAGCAGCAGCUGCUGCCAAAGGACUUCUCAAUAAGAGAGAGGAGUCUGUCCCAGAUUUCGGCGCUCUCCCAGACCUCAUCCGUCCAGUCGGUCAAAGAUGGAGACCAGCUGCCGGCCGAGACGGUCCAGAUGGUUCCAGAGGAGAGUCGCGGCCAGGGAACCAUCGGAAUCAAACUGUACCUCAAGUACCUGCGGGCCGGAGCCAACGUGGCCGUCCUGCUGUUUGUGAUUCUGCUCAACAUCCUCGCUCAGGUUUCAUACAUCAUGCAGGACUGGUGGCUGGCCUACUGGGCUGCAGAGCAAGAGAAACUGAACCUGAAGAACAGCAGCAUCCCCAAUGGACCAAACGCCACAGAGGAGCUGGAUCUGAACCUCUACCUGGGCGUUUAUGCAGGCCUCACUGCUUCCACCAUCAUCUUCGGCUUCAUGAGGAACCUCCUCCUGUUCAACGUUCUGGUGAGGUGCGCUCAGGCUCUGCACAACCGCAUGUUCAACUCCAUCCUCAAGACGCCCGUCAGGUUCUUUGACAUCAACCCCAUCGGACGAGUGUUGAACAGGUUUUCCAAAGACAUCGGUCAGCUGGACUCACUUCUGCCGCUGACGUUUGUGGACUUCGUUCAGGUGUUCCUGCAGAUCCUGGGUGUCGUCGCCGUGGCCGCCUCCGUGAUCCCAUGGAUCCUGAUCCCCGUUGUCCCCCUGCUGUUGGUCUUCAUCUUCCUGCGGCGAUACUUCCUCAAAACAUCCAGAGAGGUCAAACGGCUGGAGGGCACAACUCGGAGUCCAGUCUUCUCCCACCUGUCCUCGUCCCUCCAGGGCCUCUGGACCAUCCGGGCCUUCGGUGCCGAGGAGCGUUUCCAAAGAGAGUUCGAUGCCCAUCAGGACCUGCACUCAGGAGCGUGGUUCCUCUUCCUCACCACGUCCCGCUGGUUUGCCGUCCGGCUCGAUGGGAUCUGCGCCAUCUUCAUCACCAUCACCACCUUUGGCAUCCUGCUGCUCCGAAACCAACUGGAAGCGGGUUCUGUCGGGCUGGCUCUGACCUACGCCGUCACGCUGAUGGGCAUGUUCCAGUGGGGCGUGAGGCAGAGCGCCGAGGUGGAGAACAUGAUGACCUCUGUGGAAAGAGUGGUGGAGUACACCGAUCUCCAGAGCGAGGCACCCUGGGAAACCCAGAAGCGGCCUCCUCCUGAUUGGCCGAGUAAAGGUUUGGUGACCUUUGACCAGGUCAGCUUCACCUACAGUGAGGACAGCCAGCCGGUGCUGCACAACCUCAAAGCCGUGUUCCGACCCCAGGAGAAGGUCGGCAUCGUGGGAAGAACCGGCGCCGGGAAAAGUUCUCUGGUUUCGGCUCUGUUCCGCCUGGCAGAACCUCAGGGGAAGAUCUACAUCGACGGCGUCGUCACAUCUGAGAUCGGCCUUCACGACCUGCGCCAGAAGAUGUCCAUCAUCCCCCAGGACCCGGUUCUGUUCACGGGAACAAUGAGGAAAAACCUGGAUCCUUUCCACCAACACUCAGAUGAAGCUCUGUGGAACGCUCUAGAUGAGGUGCAGCUGAAGUCUGCGGUGGAGGAGCUGCCCCAGAAGCUGGAGACGCAGCUGGCCGAGUCCGGCUCCAACUUCAGCGUGGGUCAGAGGCAGCUGGUGUGUUUGGCCAGAGCCAUCUUGAGGAAGAACCGCAUCCUCAUCAUCGACGAGGCCACGGCCAACGUGGACCCGAGGACGGACGAGCUGAUCCAGAAAACCAUCCGGGAGAAGUUCAGAGAGUGCACGGUGCUCACCAUCGCUCACCGCCUCAACACCAUCAUCGACAGCGACCGCAUACUGGUUCUGGAUGCCGGUCGGAUCCGGGCCUUUGCAGAACCCUUGGUGCUGCUGCAGGAUCCAGACGGCAUCUUCUUCAAGAUGGUUCAGCAGACGGGCAAACAGGAAUCUGCAGCUUUACAUGAAGCAGCCAAACAGGUCAGUUCCACAGGAGACACCUCAGAGGAUCCAGCAAAGUUCUGGCAGAACCAAACCGGGCCUUUCCUCCUGCAGGCUUACAACAGCAGCCGACGUCCCGCCCCGCCGGCCAACGGACACGCAGAGACGGCGGACGGUCACCUGGUCAUCUUUGAAACGGCUCUGUGAGCUCAGACACGCUGCUGCCUCAGAACGGAGCAGUCCGGCCCGAGCGGGUCCAGCCUCUGAUGGAAGCACUUCCCUGCUGCUGGGACGCUGCUGGGACGCUGCACCACAGCCACAGCCGGCAUCGAACGCCAGCCAGAGAGAGAAAGAGAGCUGAAGAGUUCUCCUCUUCCUCACAGGCGAGCGUUGUUGAGAGGAUGAAGAGUUUGUUUCUGUAAAUACUUUGCUGCACUAAAUGAACAUUUCAGUUUUUGGACUUUAUGUGUUUUUGAAGCAGCUGAAGACUCAAAAACUCUUCAUACAAAUAUUUAUAAAAACCUCAAAAAUAAAUUAGAUUUUCAAGAA